GCCUUUGUGCCGGGCACACAGUGUCCCGGGGCUGCAGCCAGGGCCCGGCCAGCGGGGCGGUGGGGGGAUACGCCCCCUCUCUCCGGGCCGGCUGCACCCCAAGCCCACUGUCCCUGGGCUCCGGUGCGGACUCGGGGCCGGGCCAGUGCAGCCGGGAAGCCGCGCGGGCGCCAUGGCGCGCGUGAUGGUGUUCGUGUACGGGACGCUGAAGAGCGGCCAGCCCAACCACGCGCUGCUGCUGGACGGCGCCCACGGCUGCGCCGCCUUCCGGGGCCGCGGGUGCACGCGGGAGCCCUUCCCGCUGGUGAUCGCCGGGCCGCACAACAUCCCCUACCUGCUGCAGCUGCCGGGCACGGGCCGCCGCGUGCGGGGCGAGGUCUACGCCGUGGACGAGCCCAUGCUGCGCUUCCUCGACGACUUCGAGGACUGCCCCGACGUGUACCAGCGCACCCCUGCCACCAUCGUGCUGGACGGCGAGCCGGGCGCGCCGCAGGAGACGCUGCAGUGCUUCCUCUACAGCAAGGCCAGCUACCCGCCUGAGUGGGUGGGCCUGCCGCACCACGACGACUACGACUCGCAGGGCGCGCACGGGCUGCGCUACAACCCGCGGGAGAACAGAUGAGCGCGCGCGCCCCGGGCCCAUGCGCGCCCUACGCGCCCUUGCGCGCCCCUCCGGCGGGCGCCCGCGCCGGGCUAACGGCCGCCACGCUGGUCACCCCCAGAUCUGACCCCUAACCUUAGUGCUUGCCGCUUUCAACGCGUGACCUGGGCUCGGGGGACGCGCGAAUGCCCGGGAGGAAGAAGGAAGUUAGGAUUGACAUUCCCCCGCAGCCCCCGAAAUGACAUCCAGAGAAACGCCCUUCUUCCCCUCUGCUGUCGCUGCCUUUUCUUUGAUUUUUGUGUCUGGUUUCGCUUUUAAUCUGAAGAUAACAUUUGAAAUGAACGCAAAGGCUGUGGUCGCAGCUGGAUUUUAGCAACUUGUAGCACCAAGGGCGAAAAAAAAUUUUUUUUUUUUAAUUUUUGGGGUAGACAAUAAACGAACCUCAAGACAAA